UCUAAAGGAUGAAUAUUUUUCAAGACAUUGAAUCACAAUUGCAAAUCUGACAGGUCUAACAUGUCAGAAUAAUUUCCAACAUUGAAUCAGAUUUAGAAACCAUAUCACAACGUUGGAACUACAUAUGUGUAAAUAAAUCCUGAUGGAGGCUAGAUAUAAUUUAUUAAAACUGCAGUUAAAUUUACCUAAUUUUGCCUCAGAUUCAUUCAUGGCGCAAGAACAGGAGAUCAGAGUCAGUGAAAGCGCCAAACAUUCAAGUUAUGAUACCUACUUCGAAACCAUCCAAUCCCGGAAGAAAUUAGCACCGGCAUUGCAGGAGACAUUGACAGACGCCUUUGCUAAGAUUCCUGUUUCCUCUUUCCCUGGAGUUCCUGGAGGAAAAGUGGUUGAAAUUCCAGCACACACAUUGGUUGGGGACGCAGUCAGGAUUCUAUCUGAUUGCAGCAUAUUAUCAGCACCAGUAAGAGUUCCAGAGGCAGAAAAUAGUUCACAUUGGAGAGACAGGUACCUUGGCAUAAUAGAUUAUUCGGCUAUUAUUCUGUGGGUGAUGGAGAGUGCAGAAGUUGCAGCCGCCGCCUUGUCAGCCGGUACAGCUACGGCUUUUGGAGUUGGUGCCGGAGCUGUCGGUGCUCUCGGAGCAGUGGCAAUGGGAGUCACGGGUCCUGCUGCAGUUGCUGGGUUAACAGCUGCCGCAGUUGGUGCUGCUGUUGCCGGUGGUGUUGCCGCCGACAAAGGAGCGGGUAAAGAUGGCCCUGAAGCUGCUGAUAAUCUGGGUCAGGACUUCUACAAAGUUAUACUCAAAGAAGAGCCCUUCAAGUCAACAACGGUGCGAUCCAUACUCAAAUCAUACCGUUGGGCUCCUUUUGUUCCAGUUUCAAAAGAUAGCAGUAUGUUGACUGUUUUGCUUCUUCUCUCCAAAUAUAGGCUGAGGAACGUACCUGUAAUGGAACCAGGCAAACCUGACCUUGUAAAUUACAUUACUCAGUCAGCAGUUGUUCAAGGUCUUGAGGGAUGCCAAGGUAGAGAUUGGUUUGACUGCAUUGCUGCUAGACCUCUAUCUGAUCUGGGACUUCCUUUUAUGUCCUCUGAUGAGGUUAUCAGCAUCCAGAGGGAUGACUUAGUUCUUGAAGCUUUCAAGAAAAUGAAGGAUCAUAAAAUUGGAGGUCUUCCCGUAGUAGAGGGGCCAAAUAAGAAAAUUGUUGGCAAUGUAAGCACAAGGGACAUCAGACACUUGCUGCUGAAGCCUGAGCUUUUCUCCAAUUUUAGGAAGCUUACUGUGAUGGAUUUCCUGAACACGGUGUCCCCAGAAACUGGAAAAAUCAACAAGCCCAUAACAUGUUGUCUUGAUGCUUCACUGGGAGAUGUGAUCCACACUCUUGCUUCUGAGCGUGUGCACAGGAUUUACGCAGUGUGUAGUGAGGGUGAAGUAACUGGAGUCAUUACACUGAGAGACGUGAUCUCUUGUUUCAUCUCAGAACCUCCUUAUCAUUUUGACGAUUACUUUGGAUUUGCUGUGGAAGAGAUUUUAAAUCAUCAAUAACUUUCUAUGGAAGUCUUAAUGCAUGGAAACUCAGUACUCGAAAUGUAGUAAACUCCGUUUUAGCUUCAGAGUAAAAUAACGAAGUCAUAUUUUUGCUUUAAUAUGUAGUUCUCAUGUCA